AUGACUACUACUCGCAAGCAGCUUGAAGUUCUAACAGAUGAUCAAACUCCACACAAAUGGUGUGUUUUAUUGAGAGAAGAUGUGUUCAAGAAGUUCAUGUCUCAAGGCAGUCCAGCAGUGCACAAGGUUUUUGGUGGAGGAUCAUUGUUCAGUCCAUUCUUGUUUGGGAAAUUUUUUGAUCCUUCUGAUGCCUUCCCACUGUGGGAGUUUGAUGCAGAUAUCUUGUUGGCUGGUCUCAGAAGCUCUGGUCAAAGCAGUACUGUUGACUGGUUUCAAACAGAUCAAGAUUAUGUACUAAAAGCAGAUCUACCAGGAGAUGGGAAAAACAAUGUUCAGGUCUAUGCAGAAAAUGGGAAGGUUGUGGAAAUUAGUGGGCAGUGGAAGCAGCAAGGAGGAGAGUCCAAGAGCACAAAAGAUUGGAGAAGUGGGAAUUGGUGGGAACAUGGGUAUGUUAGGAAGCUUGAGCUCCCACAAGAUGCAGAUUGGAGAAGAAUAGAGGCCUCUGUGACUAAUGACCUACUUUUAGAAAUCAAAAUCCACAAGAUCAACCCCUUGGAUUGUGAUAUUAGUCAUCUGACCAUGAAAGAUAAGGAAGCAAGUUUACAAAGAAGAAUGAGCAAGCAAAGGGGAUGUAGCUCAGAUGGUAGAGCGCUCGCUUAG